UUGGACUAAAUAGAAUUUCUGGUUAUCAUAAUAAAAUAUUCUGGUAACCAACCAGAAUAUUUAGGUGUGACAAUGGUAAAAUUUUGAUUAUUACUAAUCUAGUUAUAAUAUCUAAGUGUCUGGUUAUUAUAACUAUAUAACAUAGAUAGAUAAACAUGAUAUGUAUAGUUAAUACAAUUAAACACAAUUUUUGGUUAUUAUAAUAAAAUAUUCUGGUAACCAACCAGAAUAUUUUGUUACAAUAUCCGUAACAGUUCAUUGGAUACCGUGUGUGGAUGUCGCAUCGGAAUUAUACGCGCAGUUCUUAUUUCAUUUGAUGAUCGUAAGCAGUGCUUCCAGUCUCAAAUCUUUUACAGCAGCAAGCGAUCGACAAUCGACUAUCUGCUGUCUUUUUUCCAUGAAGGAGACAGCUCGAGAGAAAAGGAAACAGCAGAUAGUCGAGUGCCGUCGACCAAGCUGUUCGCUAUCCUCUCCACUUACAGCACGCUGCUGUGAAAAGAGUCGAGACUGGAAACACUGUCGUGAGUUUCCUCACAAAAAUCAUAAAUUUGGACUGUGGACGUGUUGGACGUGUUAAACGUGUUGGACGUGUUGUGGACGUGUUGUGGACGUGUUGUGGACGUGUUGUUGGAUAAAAAUAACCUCAAAAACGAUUAUAUAUUAAAAAUGGAUGAUAAAACAUGCGAUUUACUUCGUGAAUGGGGAUUUGAAGAUUAUAUUGACAUCUUUAAAGCAAAUGAAAUUGAUUAUACAGCUUUGAAAAUUAUGAAGCCUUCCGACUUUCAGACUAUAAUACCAAAGAUAGGACCUAGAAUCAAAUUUUGUGAUAAAUUAGACCAUUAUAAGGCUGAUCUACUUACACAGGUAUUGACAGUAUUUUUGCAAUUAAUCUCUUCACAAGCAUCAUCCUUAAUAAAUGACAUAUCAACAGAAAACGAUUCUUUAAAUCCUCCAAUUGUAAUUUCUGAUAACAAUGAUGUUUAUGACACUGAUAACACUGUUAUAAAAGAAACAGUAUUAAACGUAAUCACUUUGAAUGAAGAAGGAGGAGAGCAGACAGAAGAGAUACAUUCUACAACAAAUGUUAUUACACAACUCUGUGAUACUGAUUUAGAUGCAAAAGCUGCCAAAACUGUUUUAAAUAGUACUUGUAGUUAUAAACAAAAGGACGCAGCAAGAAGCAAACUGUGUUUAGCCAUUAUUAAAAAUGAGUUAAAAGAAAACGAGAACAAAAGAGUAAGUCAUAGACGAUGGCAAGAAUUAGCCUUGCAAAUACAGGACGCUAUUCCAGGAGAAAUUCAAGAGACAUAUUAUAUUCCUUAUAAAAAGCAUUCUGACAAGAAAGUAAAUGCCAAAGGCAAAUUGUACGAUAAAUAUACAAAUUAUGUAAAAGAACUACGUAAAAGUGGUUUAAGACAAAAAAUUUCAAAUUCGACAAACAAUGAACCAGUUGUAACUUUAAAUGAUGAUUUGAGUGGAAUGCUUGAGUGGCUUCGUACUCAUAAAGAACCAUACGAAGAAGUAAAAGAAAAAUGGGAUGCUACUCGUGAUGUUAGAUUGGCGCAGCUACGACAGGGAACAAGUAGUGUGUAUGAUUAUAUAACUGAAUAUAGUGCUCUUCAGUUAGCAACUGGCUUCCAGUUACUUCUAUCAGACUUUAAAAAAUUAUAUCCUGAGUACGACACACGAAUGUGGAGUAGGUGGGGAGAAUUCACAAGGAAAGUUUCACUGUUAUUAUCUAUUGAAGGAGAUUCUGAUUUGUGCCUUAUGCUAAACUUAGGACAUCUAUUUACUCCAGUACCUGUACCACUAGCAAAUAGAAAAAAGUGGAAGCCAAGUACUCAGGAAAUGAUAGAUGGAUUUAUUCUUCAUGUUAAAGUAAUGAAUGAUUUGGAGCCGAGUUUAGAAAGAGUUAGAUGCAGAGCCCAAGCUUUGAAAACAAAAGUUCAACCGCUUGUUGUUGCUGUAGGCUCAACUUUAUCAUUAUGCAAGGACUUUUACGUCGUAAUAGACAAAAAUUAUUACAGAUUCGAUGAUAUUCGCACGGCAAUAGAUGUAUGCUUUAAGUGCGUGCAUGCUUUACACGCUGAAUAUUCUCCUCAAUGUGAAAAUAUUUGGUAUUUUUUGCAAUUUGCAUUAUAUGAAUUACAUACUCAGUGGGAUAAAGUUAUACCUCAAGUAAGUAAACAGUUGAAAGCUUUUUCCGAAAAGUAAGAAGUUUUUUUAUGUUGUAACUAGUAGUAAACGUAUUAUGAUUUUCAGCUACUGAUUUUUUUAAGUUUUAUUUCAUUAACUUUGUUGAACUAUA